AUGAGUGACCUCAGAAACAGUUACCAAACUGUGUGGGACAAGUUCAGAGGUCAAACUGCAGCUGAUCGAGAUGCUUUCCUGACUGACUCAUUCCCUAACGGCUUCCAGUGGGCCACUUCCAGUGAGUCCUUCAAGGUUGAAGGAGGAUGGUCAGUGGGAGGAAAGGGUGAGACCAUUUGGGACCGCUUCGGGCAUCAAGGUCAAGCUUUUGAAAAUCAGACUGCUGACCUGGCAUGUGACAGCUACCGCAAGGUUAUUUAUGACGUCUACCUCCUGCGAAGUCUUCAAGUCAACACCUUCCAGUUUUCUAUCUCCUGGGCCCGCAUUUUCCCUUCAGGCCACAAAGACAGCCAAUCAGAGGAUGGGGUUCGCUACUAUAACAGCCUCAUUGACACUCUCAUAGAAUCAGGCAUCAAACCUAUUGUCACUCUCUACCACUGGGAUCUGCCCCAGAGUCUCCAGGACAGAGGUGGGUGGGCUGACGCUUCCAUUGUCGAGGCCUUCAAAGAGUACGCAGAUUUUUGUUUUUCUGAAUUUGGGGACCGGGUCAAGACCUGGAACACAUUCAGUAGUCCCUGGGUGGUGAGCCAUGCUGGAUAUGGCACCGGUGAACAUGCUCCUGGUGUCAAGGACUACGUGACUGCAGCCUAUCAGGUCACUCACAAUAUUCUGAAGUCCCAUGCUGAAGCCUGGCAUGUCUACAGUGACAAGUACAGAACGGCACAACAAGGUCAAGUGGGCAUCGCAUUAAACGCUGACUGGGCAGAACCAGCAGAUCCCUCCAAAUCUGAAGAUGUUGCUGCUGCAGAGCGCUACCUUGAGUUUAUGCUGGGCUGGUUUGCACAUCCCAUAUUUGGAGCCGGAGACUAUCCUUCAAUUCUGAAAACUCAAAUUGAAGAGAAAAGAGCAGCAUGUCCAUCCUCUGUGCCUGCAAUACUACCAACAUUCACUCCUGCAGAAAUUACUAGAAUCCGUGGCACGGCUGACUUUUUUGGACUGAACCAUUACACCUCCCGGGUAAUCACACAUGUUGAUGGUGGCUGCGUCGCAGGUCCUGAGGGGGUGGGUAACUUCAGAUCAGCUGUGCACCCCUCAGGGAGCUCUGUGCCUUUUGGCCUGAGAAGGCUUCUAAACUACAUUUCAACAGUGUACUUACAAACUAGGAAAGUACCAAUCUAUAUAACUGGGAAUGGGAUGCCAACAGAGUACACUGGGGAUGUCAUCAAUGAUCAAAGCAGAAUACAGUACUUAAGGAGCUACAUCAAUGAGGCUUUGAAAGCUGUCAAACAGGACAGUGUAGACGUGCAGAGAUUUACUGUACAGUCACUUCUGGAUGGCUUUGAAGGUCCACAAGGCUAUAGCGAACGUUUUGGUCUGCAUUAUGUCAACUUCGAUCUGCCUGACAGACCCAGGACCCCAAAACAAUCUGCCUACUUUUACUCAGAGGUCAUUGAGAAAAAUGGUUUUGCUCCACAAAACACAGUCUUUCAUAGUUCACAAGAGAAAAAGCUGAAGUCAAAGAAAGUAGGACCACUGCCACCGUCCACCGUCCCAUCCAGCGCCAAAGAUGUUUGGAGAAAGUUCUCAGGUCAAACUGUUUUGGAGAGAAAGUUGUAUCACUUUGGUACUUUCCCAGAUGACUUCAGCUGGGGAGUUUCUUCUUCAGCUUACCAGAUUGAAGGUGGCUGGAAUGCUGAUGGGAAAGGGCCCAGUGUCUGGGAUACCUUAACUAGUACAGGUGGCAGCGGUGUCCCUGAGGAUGCCAAUGGACAAGUUGCCUGUGAUAGUUACAACAGAUUUAAAGAAGAUGUUUACAUGCUGCGAGGUCUGAGGGUAAACUCAUACAGAUUUUCUAUUUCCUGGUCCAGGAUCUUUCCUAAUGGAAGGCUUUCCUCCCUGAACCAGAAAGGGGUUGACUACUACAACAAUCUCAUUAACAGCCUUGUAGAAGCAAAUAUCUCCCCUAUAGUAACACUUUAUCAUUAUGACCUCCCUACUGCUUUGCAAACUGAGCUGAAUGGCUGGGAAAAUCCUGAAAUGAUUGAUAUUUUUAAUGACUAUGCUGACUUCUGUUUUGCCACGUUUGGUGACAGAGUGAAAUUUUGGAUAACUUUCCAGCAGCCUUACACAAUUGCUUGGUUAGGAUAUGGAAUUGGACAGUAUCCUCCAAGGAUUAGAAAUCCAGGAACAGCACCAUACCAAGUUGGACACAACCUGAUUAAAGCUCACGCUACAGCUUACCACACAUAUGAUGAUAAGUAUCGUGGUUCCCAAUUUGGCAAAGUCUCCAUUGCUCUAAAUGCUGAUUGGAUCGAGCCUGCUGACGCUAAUAAUCCCCGUGAGAUAUAUGCUGCUGACCGUGCAAUGCAAUUCCAAUUAGGUUGGUUUGCUCACCCCAUUUUCAAGAAUGGUGACUAUCCUGAUGCACUGAAGUGGCAAGUUGGAAACAAAAGUGAACUCCAAGAACUUUCAGAGUCAAGAUUACCCUCCUUCAGUGAAGAAGAUAAGAACUUCAUCAAGGGAACUGCCGACAUGUUUUGUACAAAUCAUUAUACCUCAAGAAUAGCAGGCCAUGCAAUAACUGCAAUUAACCCCCCAUCCAUGGAGAAUGACUAUGACUUUACACUGUCCGAAAUGUUUGAUCAACCAACCACGCCUAUCGAAAACCAGAGAGCUGUGUCUCAUGGCUUGAGAAGACUUCUCAACUGGAUCAAAGAGGAAUAUGGAAAUCCAGAGAUUUACAUUACUGAGAAUGGAGUUACUUCAGAUAGGUGGACCACAUUUGACGACACAGACAGAAUCUUUUUGUACAAAACUUAUAUUGACGAGGCUUUAAAGGCUCAGAAUCUGGAUGGAGUGAAUGUGAAAGGAUACAUGGCAACAUCACUCAUGGAUUCCUUUGAGUGGACCAGAGGAUAUCUAUUUGCAUAUGGCCUGCACCAUGUUGAUUUUACAAACCCAAACCGGCCAAGGACACCAAAGCGCUCGGCACAUUAUUACUCCCAGAUCGUUAAGGACAAUGGCUUCCCAAUUCCAGAGGAUGACAAGUUUCUUUAUGGACACUUUCCUGAAGGUUUUCGCUGGAGCACUUCCAGCUCUGCUUAUCAGAUUGAAGGAGGCUGGAGAGCUGAUGGAAAAGGACUAAGUAUUUGGGAUGAGUUUUCCCAUACUCCUUCCAAAGUGCACAACAGUGACACUGGGGACAUCGGCUGUAAUAGCUACAACAAGAUCACGGAGGAUGUGGAAGUACUUAAGAGACUGAAAGUCACGUCCUAUCGAUUUUCUAUCUCCUGGUCCAGAGUCUUGCCUGAUGGUACUAUCAAUAACAUCAAUGAAGCUGGACUGAACUACUAUCAUAGAUUACUCGAUGCCUUGCUUGCAGAGAACAUUGAACCACAGGUUACCUUGUAUCACUGGGACCUUCCUCUGGCUCUGCAGAAAGAUGGAGGCUGGGAGAAUGACACCAUUGUCCAGCGCUUCAAAGAAUAUGCUGAUCUUAUAUUCGAACGACUUGGGCCCAAAGUGAAGUUCUGGAUCACUCACAAUGAAGCCUGGAUUGUGGCCUACCUUGGCUAUGGAGUUGGCGCUUUUGCUCCAGGUCUCGUUGGCAACCAGUAUAUUACUGCUCACAACCUGAUCAGGUCCCAUGCCGAGGCUUGGCAUGUUUAUAAUGACAAGUAUCGAGCAACACAGAAUGGCAUCAUCUCCAUUACAAUCAAUUCAGAGUGGGCAGACCCAAGAAACCCAUACAAGCACGAGGACUGGGUUGCACAAGAACGCUACAUGCAGUUCUUCAUUGGUUGGUUUGCCCAUCCCAUCUUCAGAGGUGAUUAUCCUGAGCUGAUGAAAAAAGUUGUUCGUGAAAGAAGCCUUGCUGCAGGACUCCCAAAAUCACGGCUCCCAGAAUUCACCCCUGAAGAAAUCGCAAGGAUCAAUGGGACUCAUGAUUACUUUGGCUUUAACUUUUACACAGGAGUUCUUGGAUUUCAUAUUGAGCAACCACUCGAUCAGCAGACUUAUGAAGGUGAUCGGUCAGUUGCCUUUAUUCCUGAUCGUUCCUGGAUCGAUUCUGGCUCUUCCUGGCUGAAGAUCACACCAUUUGCAUUCAGGAGACUCCUCAAAUUCAUAAAGGAUAAUUACGGAAACCCACCCGUCUAUGUCACCGAAAAUGGGAUCUCAGAAGCAGGAGAAGUGGACUUAAAUGACGCUCACAGAAUAUACUUCUAUGAGCACUACAUUGAUGAAGCUUUGAAAGCUAUUCGUCUGGAUGGAGUUGAUGUGAGAGGAUACACCGCCUGGUCACUAAUGGACAACUUCGAGUGGGCUUCUGGCUACAGUGAGCGUUUCGGACUUUUCUAUGUAAAUCGCUCCGACCCCAACCUUCCAAGAAUUCCCAAGGCAUCAGCAGCGCGUUAUACCUCCAUCAUCAUGUGCAACGGUUUCCCAGAUCCAGAUAAAGGACCCCAUGCGUGUUUGAAGUCUGGCACUGGUACUGACCCGCCCGAGACCACCGUGAACAAAGUGGACUUUUUGGGUUUGCAGCUUUUGCCUGAAGACGCUGAAGUGGGACUUUAUGUCCUCUUUGCGUUUCUGCUUGUAGCCGAAGUGGAGACCCUGCUGGGCCUUCUUGAUGACAGCUGUGAUGUUGGCUGUCCAGGAGAGGUCAUCGGAGAUCUGGACUCCCAGGAACCUGAACGUGUGGAUAUUCAGAAGCUCAAGGACAACAUGCCACCCCCUCAGUGUGGUGCCUCAGCUGCUGCUGAGCCUAUCUCCAGCUUGUGGUUCACCUUCGAGUCUGUAACUCUUGCUGAUGUUCUGGCUCUGACUCUUCCCAGAGGUGUGUUCCCGAAUGCCUUCAAGCACGCCAUUGUGGAGCCUCUUCUAAAAAAAGGAGGUUUAGACCCAGCAGACCGAAAUAGUUAUAGGCCCAUCUCUAAGCUGCCAUUUCUGUCAAAGAUUCUUGAGAAGGUGGUCUGCAAUCAGCUGUCUUCCUACCUCGACCAAUACAACCUCUUCGACAAAUUCCAAUCUGGCUUCCCUGCUUUCAGCAGCUGCAUGAGCCUGGAGCAUGGACACAAAAAGCUGCCGUUGGACACUUUUGCUGCGCACUCCUCCCAAAAAAGUGUUCCAGACGUUGGGAAGAUGAGUGACCUCAGAAACAGUUACCAAACUGUGUGGGACAAGUUUAGAGAUCAAACUGCAGCUGAUCGAGAUGCUUUCCUGACUGACUCAUUCCCUGCUGGCUUCCAGUGGGCAACAUCCAGUGAGUCCUUCAAGGUUGAAGGAGGAUGGUCAAAGGGAGGAAAGGGUGAGACCAUUUGGGACCGUUUCGGGCAUCAAGGCCAAGCUUUUGAAAAUCAAACUGCUGACCUCGCAUGUGACAGUUACCACAAGGUGGAUUAUGAACUGUACCUCCUGCGAGGUCUCCAAGUCAACACCUUCCAGUUUUCUAUCUCCUGGGCCCGUAUUUUCCCUUCAGGCCACAAUGACAGCCAAUCAGAGGAUGGGGUUCUCUACUAUAACAGCCUCAUCGACGCUCUCAUUGAAUCAGGCAUCAAACCUAUUGUCACUCUCUACCACUGGGAUCUGCCCCAGGUUCUCCAGGACAGAGGUGGGUGGACUGACGCUUCCAUUGUCGAGGCCUUCAAAGAGUAUGCAGAUUUUUGUUUUUCUGAAUUUGGGGACCGGGUCAAGACCUGGAACACAUUCAGUAGUCCCUGGGUGGUGAGCCAUGCUGGAUAUGGCACCGGUGAACAUGCUCCUAGUGUCAAGGACUACGUGACUGCAGCCUAUCAGGUCACUCACAAUAUUCUGAAGUCCCAUGCUGAAGCCUGGCAUGUCUACAAUGACAAGUACAGAACGGCACAACAAGGUCAAGUGGGCAUCGCAUUAAACGCUGACUGGGCAGAACCAGCAGAUCCCUCCAAAUCUGAAGAUGUUGCUGCCACAGAGCGCUACCUUGAGUUUAUGCUGGGCUGGUUUGCACAUCCCAUAUUUGGAGCCGGAGACUAUCCUUCAAUUCUGAAAACUCAAAUUGAAGAGAAAAGAGCAGCAUGUCUAUCCUCUGUGCCUGCAAUACUACCAACGUUCACUUCUGAAGAGAUGAAGAGAAUUGUUGGCACGGCUGACUUUUUUGGACUGAACCAUUACACCUCCCGGGUAAUCACACACAAUAAUGGUGGCUGCGUCGCAGGUCCUGAGGGGGUGGGUAACUUCAGAUCAGAUGUGCACCCCUCAGGGAAUGCCACAGCCUCUGACUGGAUCUCCUCUGUGCCUUGGGGCCUGAGAAGGCUUCUAAACUACAUUUCAACAGUGUACUUACAAACUAGGAAAGUACCCAUCUAUAUAACUGGGAAUGGGAUGCCAACAGAGAACACUGGGGACAUCAUCAAUGAUCAAAGCAGAAUACAGUACUUGAGGAGCUACAUCAACGAGGCAUUGAAAGCUGUAAAACAGGACAAUGUAGAUGUGCAGAGAUUUACUGUACAGUCACUUCUGGAUGGCUUUGAAGGUCCACAAGGCUACAGCGAACGUUUUGGUCUGCAUUAUGUCAACUUCGAUCUGCCUGACAGACCCAGGACCCCAAGACAGUCUGCCUACUUUUACUCAGAGGUCAUUGAGAAAAAUGGUUUUGCUCCACAAAACACAGUCUUUCAUAGUUCACAAGAGAAAAAGCUGAAGUCAAAGAAAGUAGGACCACUGCCACCGUCCACCGUCCCAUCCAGUGCCACAGAUGUUUGGAGAAAGUUCACAGGUCAAACAACUUAUGAGAAGAAGCUCUAUCACUAUGGCACUUUCCCAGAAGACUUCAGCUGGGGAGUUUCUUCUUCAGCUUACCAGAUUGAAGGUGGCUGGAAUGCUGAUGGGAAAGGGCCCAGUGUCUGGGAUACCUUUGCUAAUGCACCUGGUAGUGGUAUCCCUGAGGGUGCCAAUGGAAGUACAACCUGUGAUAGUUACAACAGAUUCAAUGAAGAUCUUUACAUGCUGCGAGGUCUGAGGGUAAACUCAUACAGAUUUUCUAUUUCCUGGUCCAGGAUCUUUCCUAAUGGAAGGCUUUCCUCCCUGAACCAGAAAGCGGUUGACUAUUACAACAAUCUCAUUAACAGCCUUGUAGCAGCAAAUAUCUCCUCGAUGGUAACACUUUAUUAUUAUGACCUCCCUAAUGCUUUGCAAACUGAGCUGAAUGGCUGGGAAAAUCCUGAAAUGAUUGAUGUUUUUAAUGACUAUGCUGACUUCUGUUUUGCCACUUUUGGUGACAGAGUGAAAUUUUGGAUAACUUUCCAGCAGCCUGACACAAUUGCUUGGUUAGGAUAUGGAACUGGACAGUAUCCUCCCAGGAUUAGAAAUCCAGGAACAGCACCAUACCAAGUUGCACACAACCUGAUUAAAGCUCACGCUACAGCUUACCAUACAUAUGAUGAUAAGUACCGUGCUUCCCAAGGUGGCAAAGUCUCCAUUGCCCUGAAUGCUGAUUGGAUCGAGCCUGUUGAUGUUAAUAAUCCCCGUGAGAUAUACGCUGCUGACCGUGCAAUGCAAUUCCAAUUAGGUUGGUUUGCCCACCCCAUUUUCAAGAAUGGUGACUAUCCUGAUGCACUGAAGUGGCAAGUUGGAAACAAAAGUGAACUCCAAGAACUUUCAGAGUCAAGACUACCUUCCUUCAGUGAAGAAGAAAAGAGCUUAAUUCAGGGAACUGCUGACAUGUUAUGUGCAAAUCAUUACACUACACAAAUAGCAACCCAUGUAAUAAGUCAGACUACCCCCCCAUCGUUUGAAUAUGACAGGGACUUUGAACUUGCUGAGGAAAGUGAUGCACCAAGCACAGUCAUUGAUGGGCAGAGAGCUGUGGCUUGGGGCUUGAGAAGACUUCUUAACUGGAUCAAAGAGGAAUAUGGAAAUCCAGAGAUUUAUAUCACUGAAAAUGGAGUGGCCACAGAUUCAACAACAACAUUUGAUGACACAGACAGAAUCUUUCUCUACAAAACCUACAUUGAUGAGGCUUUAAAGGCUCACAAUCUGGAUGGAGUGAAUGUGAAAGGAUAUGUGGCAACAUCUCUCAUGGAUUCCUUUGAGUGGCUCAGAGGAUACGAACUUGGAUUUGGUCUACACCAUGUUGAUUUCACAAACCCCAGCCGGCCAAGGACACCAAAGCGCUCUGCACAUUACUACUACCAAGUCAUUAAAGACAAUGGCUUCCCAAUGCCAGAUGACGAGAAGACUCUUUAUGGAUUUUUUCCAGAAGAUUUUCGUUGGAGCACUGCCAGUGCUGCUCAUCAGAUCGAAGGAAGCUGGAGAACCCAUGGAAAAGGAAUGAGCAUCUGGGACAAGUUUGCUCAUACUCCUUAUAGAGUGUCCAACUUCGACACUGGGGAUAUUGCUUGUGACAGCUACAACAAGAUUGACGAGGAUGUGGAAGUGCUCAAGAAGCUGAAAGUGACCAACUAUCGAUUUUCUAUCUCCUGGCCCAGAGUCCUGCCUGAUGGCACGAACAAAUACAUCAACGAAGAGGGACUGAACUACUACAGUAGAUUAAUAGAUGCCUUGCAUGCAGAAAACAUCCUUCCACAGGUCACCUUGUACCACUGGGACCUUCCCUUGGCCCUACAGAGAUUGGGAGGCUGGGAGAAUGAAACCAUAGUCCAGCGUUUCAAAGAAUAUGCUGAUGUUAUAUUCGAGAGACUUGGGCACAAAGUGAAGUUUUGGAUCACUCUCAAUGAACCAUACAUUGUGGCCAACCUUGGCUAUGGAUAUGGCACUUUUGCUCCAGGUAACAGCUUCUCUUAUGUCAGUGACCAGUUUUGAACAUUCAUUUACAUUGCAGCUCACAACCUGCUCAAGGCUCAUGCUGAGGUUUGGCAUCUUUAUAAUGACAAGUAUCGUGCAACACAAAACGGGCUUAUUUCCAUCACCAUCAAUUCGGACUGGGCAGAGCCAAGAAACCCUUACAAGGAAGAGGACAUUGAUGCAGCUCAGCGCUACAUACAGUUCUUCAUUGGCUGGUUUGCCAAUCCUGUCUAUAAUGGAGAUUAUCCUGAGAUCAUGAAAACAAUCAUUCGUGAGAGAAGUCUUGCUGCAGGACUUCCAGAAUCACGUCUUCCAGAGUUUACCCCUGCUGAAAUCGAGAGGAUCAAGGGGACUCAUGAUUAUUUUGGCUUUAACCAUUACACAACUGUCCUUGCAUAUCAUUCUCCCAGAUUGAAUCUGCAGGAUUAUGAAGGCGAUCGCAAAGUGGAAACUGUUGCGGAUCGUUCCUGGAUCGAGUCUGGCUCUUUCUGGUUGAAGAUCACACCUUUUGGAUUCAGGAAACUUCUUAAGUUCAUCAAGGAUAAUUAUGGAAACCCACCCAUCUAUGUGACGGAGAAUGGGAUCUCAGAACGAGGAGAAGUGAAUCUCAACGACCUUCGCAGAAUACACUACUAUGAGACCUACAUUAAUGCAGCUUUGAAAGCCAAAACACUGGAUGGAGUUGAUCUGAGAGGAUACACCGCCUGGUCACUAAUGGACAACUUUGAGUGGGCUUCUGGCUACGAUGAGCAGUUUGGACUUUUCUAUGUAAACCGUUCUGACUUCAACCUUCCGAGAAUCCCCAAAGCAUCAGCCUCUCGUUAUGCCUCCAUCAUCUCCUGCAACGGUUUUCCAGAUCCAGCCAGUGGACCCCAUGCCUGUUUGGAGUCUGAUGGUAAGACAACCCAGAACCUUGAGAACAAAGUGGACUUUUUGGGUUUGGAGCUUCUCGCGCAAGAUGCAGAAGUGGCCCUUUAUGUCCUGUUUGCAUUUGUUCUUGUAGGUGUAGUCUCAAAUGCACAUCUUCUACACAGACAUUGUCAAUAUGCAGACCCAAAGAAAAAACAAGGUCCAGAGUGUGAUGUUUGCGCAUUCAGCGGGGAUCCAGCGCUGCGGAAAAGGAGCACGGCCAUGCAGAGAGGCUGCGAGAGGCGGAAGGACGUCGGCGGCGUCGGUCGUGUCCUGCAGAAGAGGAAUCGGGCGCAGCCACCUGUAGCCUCGGUGAAGUCCUCCACGAGCAGCGUGCUUCAUUACACGCUUAACCCGGACCUGGACACCGGCUCGGCAGCCUCUUUUCCUCCUCUUUCGAUCACGCGGACGGCGACGAAGAGGCAACAGCUGGCCGACUUGGACCUCCCCCCCACCACAACCGCUUGGAUCAAAGACUUCCUCACUGACCACCCGCAAUCGGUGAGAAUUGGUAACAGGAGUUCUUUCACCGUGUCGCUCAGUACCGGCUCUCCUCAGGACUGCGUGAUGAGCCCUCUCCUGUACACCAUCUACACACAUGACUGCACACCCAUACAUCCAGUUCAGUUCAUCCAGCUCAAGUCCUUCACCUCUUUGCCUCAAAUUUCCCGAAAUUGA